AUGCAGGUCUCUCUUCACAACACGGUAAAGACGUACAACCUCACGGCUGGCAAGUCGCUGCCGGAGUGGCUCAGUGAGCGUCACAAGAACAAGCGGGCGUCGGCCGGGCAGGAGAACCGCGUGGAGCUGCUGCACGACCUCGAGUUCCCGCACUGCGCGCGCUGCAUCUUCCGGUGCGCCAAUGGAACGCAUCUCUUCGCCGCCGGUGACUACCCGUACCGGCUCAAGUGUUUCGACGUGAAUGACCUUAGCAUGAAGUUCAGCUUCAACGCGGACAUGAACAUUCUCUCUGGUGUGUGCCUCUCACCGGACUACCGAAAGUUUGCACUGCGCGGAGAAGGGCGGCAGAUCACCAUUCACCACAGCUCAGCGAUCGUAGACAGGGUUCGCGUGCCACAUCUCCAGCGCUCCCUCGCGUACAACCAGUUCCAGGCAGAUCUCUUGUCUGCUGGCGUCUCACCGGAGGUCUACCGUAUCAACCUUGAAACCGGCGCAUUUGUGGAGAGCUAUCAGACGAGCAGCGCAGACGGCGUGAAUCAUGUGGAGGUGUUCGGGCGGCACGGCCCGGUGAGCGGUGUUGUGCUGACGGCUGGAUGCGACGGCGCGAUCGAGGCCUGGGAUAGUCGUGUCGGCGCGGCUGUGGCUCGCGUGCAGGUGGCCGGAAGCGGCAGCAGCUCCGGCAUCGAUGAGGAGUGCGAGGUUCGGCACAUCGCCACGGAAGAAAGCGGCGGCCUCCUCUUCACCUGCGGCCUUGAGAGCGGCGAGAUACUGCUGUACGAUGUCCGCCUGCAGAAGCCGCUUCUCGUGAAGGACCACAUGAACAGUCUGCCCAUUGUGAAGACAUACUUCUUCAAUGGCAAGAGCACCGCCACUGGCGAGGCCAGCUUCGUCCUCUCAGCUGACACGCGCUCGCUGAAGGUGUGGAACAAGCACGACGGCAGCAACUUCACGACAAUCGACGCCCCGGCGGACAUCACGGACUUCACCCUCUUCAAGAGUCAGCACAACAUGGUGGCGCCGUACGAGAGCGACGACAGCGGUGUGGUCGCUAUCUGCUGCGACGUGCCGCGGGUGCAGGUGCACUUUGUCCCGCAACUCGGCGCCGCCCCGCGCUGGGCCUCCUUCCUGGAAGUGAUGACGGAGGAGCUGGGGGAGAAGGAGACGACGACGGUGUACGACGACUUCACGUUCAUUUCUAAGGAGGAGAUGGACACGCUGGGCAUCGCCGCCGAGGACCUUGCAGGUGGCAAGGUGCGUCCUGUCAUGCACGGUGCCUUUAUCGAGAACGGCCUGUACCGCGAGCUGCGCGCCGUGGUGGACCCCACCGCCUUCAACAACUAUGUCGCCUCAAAGGCGAAGGAGCGGCAGUCAAAGCGGUGGUCGGACCGCAUUAGCCGCUUCCACCGAACCACGGAGAACGACGAGGACGCGCAGGCUGGCGGUGGUGCCGCAGCGGGAGCGAAGCGCAACUCCGCACUGGCGACGGCGAAGGCGGAUCCGCGAUUUGCGCGCGCCUUUGACCGCGCAGCGGGCGGCGCUGCCUCCUCCUUCGCGCUUGACCGGCGCAAUCCCGAGUAUGCGAAGCUGCUCCAGACGAUCGACGAGCGGCGCGCCAAAGCCUCCGCACGUCGGGAGCGCUACGAGGAGGAGAUGUUCUCCGUCGUCCCCGACGUCGGCGGGGAGGUCGAUGCAGACAGCUAUGAGAACGGCGGUGAUCGCGCUGCGCUCCGAGCUGUUCAGCGAGAAAGCGGUAAGAGCAGCACCACGGCUGCUGCUGCAGAAAUGGAUGAGGACGAGGACGCACGCCACCAUCUGCGUGGAGUGCAGAGCAGUGGCCGAGCGAAGCGCCGCGCUCCGCCGCAGCAGAAGGCAGUCGUCAGUGCGAAGACGUCCGAGCGGGACUCUGCAAAGUUCGCCAAAGGCGCCGGCGCUUCAGCGGGGAAGCAGGUGACGAUGUUCGAGACGUCAGGGAAGAACACCGACGUUUUCCUGCGCAACGACAAGCAGGUGCACGCCAUUCGAAAGAAGUCCCGCGCUGAGAAGCUGACCCUUGGCGAGCGUCUGAAGCUGGCUGCCUCAGCGAGGUAG